CAACACUUUUUCUAAUUCUAUUUUUUCAGUUUGAAAUCGUAUGUCGGUUAUUUUAGUGUCCUGUCUGUUUACGUUUGUUCUAUUAACGCAAAAAAUUGCUUAGGCCGCAUAUGCGAAAAUGUCGAAAGCGUUUGAUCUACAUAUCCUUAGUUAGUUCCAACAUUUAUACCUUAUUGGAAGUUGUAGUUAAAUAAUGAAAGAAAAUGAGUGACAAUAUAAAAGUAGUUGUCAAAGUUAGACCUCUAAUUUCACGUGAAAUAGAAGAUAAACUUUCUUACCAGUGGCAAGUGAAGAAUAACAAACUUACACAGCUUGACCACAAUGGAAAACCUCUUGGACAGUGUUUUACCUUUGACAAGGUUUAUGACCAGGAUGCGAAAACAUCCGAUGUGUACGAAGACGUUGCGAAGCCGAUCGUGGAGGCGGCCACGGCUGGCUUCAAUGGCACUAUAUUUGCCUAUGGACAGACAUCAUCAGGCAAGACGUAUACCAUGACAGGGACUGAGAGUGCUCCCGGAAUCAUCCCGCUGGCUGUGCUUAACCUAUUUGAGAUCAUUAAGAAUGCGCCCAACCGUGACUUCUUAGUAAGGGUGUCCUACAUAGAAAUUUAUAAUGAGACCAUCAAUGACCUAUUGUGUGGGGAAAAAAAAGACAUUAAAGUAAUGGAAUCAAUACAUGGUUUGAAGAUAGAUUCCACAGUAAAGGUCACUUCUUCUCCUGAGGAAGUUCUCGAUGCAAUAAAAGAGGGAGAAGCCAAUAGACAAAAAGGUGCCACAAUUAUGAAUGAGCAAAGCAGCAGAUCUCAUUCAAUAUUUCAAAUUACAAUAGAAUCUCGUGAACACGUGGAAGGGGAAGAGGAGGUCGGCUGUGUGAACGUAUCCCAACUGAACCUCGUUGACUUGGCCGGGUCGGAGCGGGCCGGACAGACCGGCGCCACCGGAAUGCGGUUCAAGGAAGGCACCCAUAUCAACAAGUCACUGUCAAGUUUGGCUCUCGUUAUCAAACAACUUUCUGAAAAUAACCAAUUUGUUAAUUACCGUGAUAGUAAACUGACUCGUAUUUUACAAAACUCUCUCGGCGGUAACGCUAAAACCAGUAUCAUAUGCGCCGUGACUCCUGCAGCUAUUGAGGAAACUAUAUCCACUUUGCAGUUUGCAAACCGCGCUAAAGCUAUAAAGAAUAAACCAGAGGUAAAUGAAGUCUCCACUGACAAAUCUAUGAUCCAGAGCCUAACAAAAGAAAUGUCCAUACUAAAGGCACAGUUGGAGAGCAAGAAAACUUUAGAGCAAGACAAUUACAAACUACAGAAUAAGAUAGCGAAUUUACAGAAGCUUAUAUUAAAUGGGUUUGCUCAAAGACGCAGUGUCGAGAUCAUAAGUGGGCCGAGGCGAAAGCUUCAACAGCCCAGAAGGAUAACAAUAUCUACGCUACAUACUAUUGAAGAUGAACCGAUUGUUCCUAUCCCGAAGUUCUGUACACCCAGCUUGAAAUAUAACCCGCAGCUGAUCCCAGUCCCGCCGCCGUCCCGCAGCAGCGCGGCGCUGGCCAGCGUGGCCGAGGAGGCGCAGCUGCUCACCACGCCGCCCAAGACUCGCGCCAUACACUUCAGCGGCGAAGUCAUUGAACUCGACAGUGAUGAUGACACGACACACGAUGACGGCCAGACUUGUUCACCUAUUCACAAAUGUUAUGGAUCAUCUAAAACACCACCUUGUGUGCUUAGAAAGAAUGUUAAAGAAGCUGAGAAAAACCUUAAAGAUAUUGUUGAAUGGACUGAAAGAGAGAAAAUGUAUGCUCCCAGUGUGGUUGAAUAUAUGGAAAAAUUAGAACAAAACAUGUCUGUGAUAGCCACAUUACGAGACGACAUUGAAAGACUGAGUCAACAGAGCAAAGAAAAGGAUUCAAAAAUUGAUCAAUUACAAAGCAAAAUAAACAAAGCUGAAGAGGACAUCAAAGUCUCUAAGAUUGAUCAACAAAGGCUAGCUGAGUGGGAGAUUAGUUACGAGACUCUCAGGAUUAAGGCUAAGCGGCGAGAGGAGGAACUACUGUCCUUGUUAGAAGAAAUAUCUGUCUCCAAGAAGAAACCUGAAGAGAUGGGCAAACUCUUAUCCCGCACGUUAGACAAAGAAGUCCACUUCAUGGAUAUAUCUAAAGACAUAUCUCUCGUUAAUAGUGAUAAUGAAAGCAGCAUUGUUAACACAAAUGAUGACGAUUCUGACCCAGUUGAUGACUUAUUAGCAUCAGAAGCACAAUUAACUUCAAAUAAAAAUAUCAUUGAUCUAGAAGCAGAUUUAUAUACCCAUAAGCAAAAGAUAACGGCGCUAGAAAACCUCAGUCAAGAACUUCAAGAAAAGGUUAACGUGUUCAAAGAUAAAAUCGCAAAUGUGGAAAAUGAAAAUUCAUUACUCAAAUCAACGAUUGAAACGUUAAACUCUACUAUUAGACAACAAAAGGAAAGCCUUGAAUCUGCAAAUAAUGACAUGGAGUCUUACAACAAACUCAUUCAAGAACUGCAUAUCAAACUAACUAAGAAGGAAACUUUACCCAGGGUCAAUAUUAAUGACAGCGUCUUAGAAAGCAUGAUUGCGAAUGAAGAGAAAUUUAUAGCUAACAACGAGAAUAUGAAAAACAUUGUACACAGCCUCAAAACUGCUCUCGAUAAACGUAACAAGGAAAUUGAUAACCUUAAAACACAAGUUAAUAGUCAAGUCGACGUAACAGGACAGCUGGACGCUAAAACAAAAGAAAUUGAUGUAUUAAAGUGUAAAAUAAAUGAUUUAGAAAAGAAUAUUAACGAGAAUAUUGCAAUAAUAAACAAAUUGAUGCAUGAAAAGAAUGAUCUUAAAGACAUUGAAACUCAACUAUCUGAAAAAUUAGCUUCGGUCCAAGAAAAGCUUACUGAACAAGAACAUUCACGUAAUGAAACUGAAAAACUCGUUCAAAAUUUGAAAGACGAAAACGGUAAACUCACCUUUGCCUUAGCAGAGAAAAAUAUAACGGAAGUUAAUAUAUCUGAUAUGAAUAAACAGUUAUUAGCUCAAAUAGAUGAAUUAAAAGAUAAAAUAUUCGAUUUGGAGAAAGAAAUCGCAACAAAGGAUGAUUUAAUACAUUCGUUGCAAAAGGACGAUGAACAGACGAAAGAAUGUUUGCUUAAAGCAAAGUCUUCAGUCAUUAAGUCUAAGGUCAUACUAGGUACUCUGUCUGGCAACAUACAAGAAGUACCAGAUAUCAUUGAUAAUUUCGUAAACAUUUUCAACGUUCUAAGCGAAACCAUGAACACUCUAGAAAAUGUUGCCAACGAAAUUGUUGCGCAAAAAGAAGAAGUUACAAAGAAUAAUACUCAUUUAAAUAAUAUUAUAGAAGAAUUGAAAACUAACCAUGAUAUAGAAUUAACGACGCUUCGAGAACAAUUAGGCAAUCAUAAAGAGAUAGAUACGGAUGAAAUUGAAGCAAUUAACAAAAAGAAUAACGAGCUAACUCGUGAUCUACAAACAGCUCGCGAAGAUUUGGAUACUAAAAUAUUAGAAUGCAAAAACUUAGAAGAAAAACUAAAUCAAGCAGCACAGAAUGUCAUCGCCACCAAUGAAGAGAUUACUGUUCUUAAAACGAAUAAAUCAAAUCUCGACCAAAUGCUACUUGAUAAGGAUGCUAUGAUAGCUGAACUAACAGAAAAAUUGGAAGAAAUUGACGGCGUUUUACAAAUAAAGGUCACAUCAUUUAAUGAUGUUGAAGAACAACUGAACAAUUUAUCGGCGAGAAGUAGUAUACUGUUCAAGAAUGUAUUUACAAAAGUCACUGAAUUUGCCGACAGCUUCACCAUACAAAUUGAAAACAGGGAAGAAAAUCAUAAUGACUGCGUUAAAAUAUACGAACAAAUACUGGAAAGUUUGGAUAAAAUCAAAGAUCAUAUCACAAUUGUCAUAAAUAAAAAUGUCGAUGAAGAAAAUUUGAGUCAAGAAUUAUUAGAAGCGAAAAAGGAAAUCGUUGAACUAUCACAGCAAAAUGUUAACCUGCUCCAAGAAUUGUCUAAUAUUGAAAACAGCAACAAGGACUUAUCGAAAGAAGCACAAUUUAUACAAAAUAACAACAACAAAUUGAGUGAAGAAUUACUUGAUACUCAAAAUCUGCUGAAAGAUCUACAAUCUGAACUCAAACUGAAAGCCAACGAUUUGGCAAUCAUGGAAACUAAAGUCAGAGACUGGAAAGACCAAUUUACUAACUUAGAUUAUGUGAUGAAACAACAAAUUAGUGAAUUGCAGAUGGAAAAUGAAAGUCUGAAAUCUAUUAAGGCAGUUAAUACAAACGGACCCGAACAAUCAGUGAUGGUUUACCAACACGCAGACUCUCACAAUAUCAGCACACCAAUACCCAUUGAAAAACAAAUCUUUGAUUUAUUCCCAUAUAAACCAACCCCAAGUUUGGCAACCAUUUGCAACAAUAUAAUAGACAGCAUACAACCCAAAGAGAUUGAUUCUCACACUACAACAAUAAGUUCUAAUGCCCCAAUUUCGGUGGAGAGUCACGAAACAUACGUAAUCAAAUGCAAUUGUUCUAAACUAAAAUCGGAACUGGAGGCAGUUAAAGAUGAAAACGCCAGAACAUUAGACCUUCUUGCAGAAAUGAAAGCUUUGAACGAAAAUCUCAUACGAGACCAAGAAGAAGCACGAAACGAAAUUCAACUCCUUGUUGGCCCUGCAUUAGAAUUGCAAAAGAAGAUAAUGAAUCACAAAACCAAUUUAUCGAUUCUAACUGCCACUACAUAUGCAGAGAAUAAAUCUCUGAAAUCUCAAAUUAAAGUACUGCAACAUCACCACAGUCGUUUCCACAAUGUUUGUCAAAGAGACAUACCGGACUUUAAGAAGCAGUUGCGCGAACUUGUGACUUUGUUACAAGGCGACCCGAAUGUUUCGGGCCAGCAUAACACUAGCUAUAAGCGAUAUUCUCUCCCAGAUGUAUUAGACAACAACACUUCAGUAUCCAACUUCAAGAACGAUUCCACGCUAGACGGCGACCUCUUAAUGUUGGAUACUAAUGUUACUUUAACAACUGCAGCGGAUAACACCUUAGCAGGACAUGAUCAGACUUGCUUAAACCUGACUCAAUUCUAUGACGAAGUUACAGAUCAGACUGACCUUAAUCAAGUUACGGACCAAAACCUACACUCGUCAUAUAAUAUGGACAUUUUAAGUCAUGACAACCAGACUAUGUGUGAGAAAUUAUCGAUGCUGAAGGACGAGAAUUACAAAUUGCGUGAACUAGUAGACAAGUACACGGACAUCAAACACUGUAUGACCGAUGCACAGAAUAGUCAGCAUAACACCAAUACCCACGAUAAUGGAAAUGAAUCCAACGGACUCAAUGACCGUAAGGUUACGUCAGAAUGUGUGAAAUGCAAGAAAGUAUUAGAAGAGUUACGGCUAGCACACCAAAAAUUAAAUGACGAACUUAAAUGUCUGAUCCCGGAACUGUUACAGGUCAAAGCGCAAAAAGCUGAUAUUGAGAAAAAGCUUUCAAAUCUCCUUCUUGAAACACCUCAAACUGAGGAUCUGGUGAAAAAGCUGAAUAGUUUAGAAAAAGAAUACAACAGUAAAAUUCAAGAAAACGAGAGCCUUAAAAACAUGCUCAGUACAAACAGCCAAGAAGCACACGAAAAGUUAAACGAUGAAGUCAAAUCUCUAAGCGCGGAACUUCUACAAGUUAAAGCACAAAAAGCUGAGAUUGAACAAAAAUAUUCUAAUCUUGUUCUCGAAACACCGCAAACCGAUAUACUUGUAAAAAAGCUUACCAUUUUAGAAAAGGAUUACAACAAUCAAAUUCAGGAAAUUGAAAAACUCAAAAAAGCCAUUAGUGCAAAGAAUCAAGAAAUUAACAGUUUACAAAAUGAGAAUGACUCACUCUCGAACCAAGUUAUGGAAAGUAUCUCCGAAGUUGAUGACUUAAGUAAACAGUUAAAGGAUUUAGAGCAGACUCACACUGAGUUAUUACAGAAAUAUAAAUUAGAACAGGCAACUAUUGAUGUGACUAGUAAAGAGGUAGAUGUUCAGUUGCACUGUUCUGAAUGCUUAGCAAAAGACGAAUUUAUCAGAGCGAUGCAAAGUAGUAUAAUGCCGUCACAUACUAAAUUGAACAGAAGCCUUAGUGACUCUGAGACGUCAUCCAGGUGCAACAUGAUAGUCACUCUACAGAGUGAAUUAGAUGCGGGCAGAGAAGACUGCAAGGUAUUAACAGAAGAUGUAGUCACAAUCAAGAAUCAUCUAGAACGUAACAAUCUGUCGAUGGAUCUAGAUGUAAGUAUGGAAGGUCUUCACAGAGAAGUGGGAACCAAUAUCCAGUCAAACAAAUGCACCAUGCCGGAUAUCCCUGAAGAACGUGUGUCUGACAUCUACACUCUAGAUAGAACAGAAUGCGUUAAUUACUUCUUAGAAAAAACUGGCGUAGAAGACAACGCUUUCAACUCCAAUGUCAAAAUAAUCGAACUUAUGAGAAUGUUCUAUGACAACAUGGUUGCGAAGCAUGGCACCGAAGUAGAGAAUUUGACAAAUAGAUUGAAACAUUAUGAGGAAUUCAAGAAGCAGAUACAAGAUCAAUACAACACGUUAGUUGAGAAACAUUCGCAAAUCACUACAGAGUUAGAGAAGAAAGACCUAAAUAACCAAACAAUUGCGGAUGCCUUAACAAAAAUCAAAAGUAAUAUUAACAUUUUGAGUGAAGAGAUUUUAAAUACUAUGGAUACAGAUGAUUCUACUAAAUUGAUUGAUAUGUUCAAAGAAAACCUAAAGAUAUUGGACAAGGAAUUAAGUUUAUCGUCAACAGAUGCUUUUGACUACCUCAUCAACAAAAUUGUCAACAAGCAGGAAAAUGAUUUGACGAAAAUUGUAGAGCAAUCUAAAAAAUUAAAAGAAGAUGUUUCUAGUGUUACUAUUGAGUUGAACUCGGCUAAUCAUAACCUUGCACAAAUGAAGGACCUGCUGUCUGCCAAAGAAAGCGAAUUUAAUUUAAUCAAAGCACAAAAAGAGAAAAUACACGAAAUAAGUAACGCAGUCACUCUCGACAUAAUAAAGAGGGAUAGAGAGAUAACAGAAACCAUGACUAGGGGCUAUCAGAAGCUAGUCGAUCUGAACAUAGUAGAUCAAAACAUUGAUCUGACAGUACCAUUCGAUGCCAAUAUACAUCGCUUAUUUGAUACUUUAAUCAACCAACAUAAAAACACCAAAAAUGAGGAAGAUAAACAAUUACUUGUAAAGGAUAAAGAAUGUCUUGUAAUGGAAAAAGAUGCUCUCUUGUUAGAAGUAAGAAAUUUAAAACAAAUUAUAGAAGAAAAGCAGGCUGACAUCGAGGCUCUUCAAGACCACAGUGAAAAAUUACAGGAAAGCAAUAACGCCAUCACCAUGAACUUAAUUGAUAAAGAUACUAAACUACAGGAACUGAAGACGUUGCAAGAAGAUUUGAAUAAACUUUACAAAAAUAAAGUGGAGGAGAAUAAUGCUAAUAUGGUUCUCAUACAAAAAUUGACAGACGAAGUCAAUUUAUUGAAGGCUGAUCUUCUGGGCAAAGAGAAUUCUAUUAAAACUCUCGAAGCAACUAUUCAAGAACAGAAUCAAUAUAAUGUAAAGGACGUGACAAUCGCAGAAUUAAUGGAAACGGUGAAAGGGUUACAUGACGAUAUAGCCCAUUUGAAGGCAAUAAAUGAAGUUAUAGUUAAAGAAAAGGAAACUUAUGCUUCUGAAUUGCUUAAGUCUAGUGACACUAUAAAACAGAACAAUCUAGAAAUGGAUAAGAUGACGUCAGACAUUUUAGUACUCAAAGAGUCUAUAAAGGAUAACGCUAUUAUAAUUGACAAUCUUAAUAUGGAGGCUAAAAAAAUGUUGAAACAAAAUAUGGAUUUGAAAGAACAAUUGGAGGUGAGAAUCAAGGAACAUUCUAGAUUAGAAACUAAUUUAAAAACACAUGAGGAUACAGCGCAGAUACAGACUAGAAUGAUUAUGAGGUUAGAGAAACAAAAGAGUGAAGACGAAAAGAAUAUGAUCGAAAAGAAUAAACAAAUUGAGGAGUUAACAAAUAAAUAUGUUGCGCUACAGAAGCUGUGUGAAAGUUUCCACAGUGAUUCUAAGGUCAAAGAUGAAAUCCAACUCUUAAGGAAGAAUAAAGAAGCUUUGGAGGCCCGCGUAUCGGAGUUGGAGUCUUUACUGCAGAGCCACAAGCCGCGGUUGUCACUCGAGGCGAUAGCAGACUCGUCGCGACGCCGGCGACAGAGCUUGAUCGAUUCCAAUCGAAUGUUCACAGACAAAUAUGACUUAGAAGAUCAUAAUCUUGUGGAAGCAGUAUUUGAGUCUAGAGCAAAGCCUGAUGACCUUUUCAUGGAUGUAGAUGAAGAUGUCUCUAAUAGAAGCACUCCAAUAAGGUUGAGCAAGGGACGCGAAAGCUUAUCAUUGUCACGGACUGACCAGAGCGAGAAAGAAGAAGAUCACCCGUCGCGGCCCAGCAGCGUGGUGGCCACGCGGCGGCGGCGCCAGAGCACGCACGACCUGCACAGGAGCGUCGUCAGGCACACGCCCUCGCCGCUCGGUCUCGAGACGUCACGGCUAGUAGAUGAAUGUCACCAUUCAAAGUCUGCUAAUUCUUCAACGGGACACGACAGCAGUGAAGUAUCGCAACUUAAAGAACGUCUGUCAUCAUGUCAGCAAGAGUUGGAAGACUUAAAGGAAAAAUACAGAGAGUUAGAUGAAGAGUGCGAAACGUGCGCCGAGUACCUGCGGGAGAGGGACGAACAGUGCGGUCGACUGAAGAAGGAGAGGACGGCACUACAAGCAACCAUUGCAGAAUUAAAAACGAAGCUAGCCAACCAGACAUUCAAUCCAAACCAGAGUCAACAAAGCUUAAUAAAGCCGACAUUCUCAGACGUCGCUGUGAAUACUGAUGAAGACUGGACCAACUUACACUCAGUGGUAGUAGACCGCAUGUCGUUCGACGCCGAAGUGGAGAAAAAUAAGAAGUUAACCAAGUCGAUAGAGGAGUUGCGCUUCAAGAAACAAGACCUGAAGAACAUGCUCGCUAAGAUGCAGAAGGCGAUAGAAAGAAGUGGCGGAAGCAGGGAGUUAGAAUCAGUGAAGGCAGAGCUGUCGUCAUGCAAGCAGGAGCUAGCGACCCUGCGCGAGCGAUACCGCGAGCUGGACGAGGAGUGCGACACCUGCGCGCAGUACCUGCGGGAGCGGGAGCAGCAGUGUCGGGAACUACGGGAGGCCAAGGCCGCGCUGGAGGCUAGAGUACAAGAGCUGCAGUGUGACAGCGAGCAGAUCAGCGCGAUGACUCACACGACGCGCAAGAAGCGGCAGAGUCUGCACGACCAGCAUCGGCCCGCCGCCCGGGACCUGCGGGACGCUGCCACCGAGACCAGCGACGAUUUCCUGAGUUACCAAGUAGAACGCGAUGGUGGUUUCCGAUCAAUGUCUGAUGAAAUGCAAGCUAAGGAAAUGAAGCGUUUGAGAUCUGUGGUGGAGGUGCUGUCGCAGCAGAAGGCGGUGCUGGAGCAGCAGCUGGUGUCGGCCGCGCUGCACCCGCCGCACGCCAUGUACGUGGCCACCGGCAGCGCCAUCGUGCAGAAUCAACAACUGACAGAUGUUAUGAAGGAAAAUCAAAAACUCAAGAAAUAUAUCACUACUAAACUGCACAUGUCCAAAAAGAGAGGGAAAGAGUCUAACAGGGAAAAUGAAGAUCCGACACAUUAGGGCUGACUGUAUAAAUAUAAUGUAAAGUCAGCCAAAUUGUAUUUAUUAAAAUUUUCUUUGAUUUGCACAAAUUACUUAGGUCAAAAUAAUCAUAGAUAGCUGGACUUGUUGAUUACAACUGUCAUAUUUUAAUAGCAGAAAAGUCUUAAAUAUUUUUGGCGUGUUUUUAACAUUAAAAAUAAGUGAAACAGGGAAAAUGACGUGAACGUUAAAAAUCAUUGUCUUGUGAUUUUAGACUGCUACCAUUUUGGGGACUGUAUAAGACUGAAUGUUGAACGACAUUCCACGCGCAUUUUUUAACGAAAGUAGUGCUAAGUGGUCUUAAAAUUGUAUUCAGCAUAGUUAAUAGGAAUUAUCAAACUAACUCUCUAUUGUCUGAUAAGCGCAUAGCACUCUUCGAGAACGCCAGUUUAUGUCAAAAUAGCGACAACAAAGUGAACUUUAUUGCUUGAGCAAUGUGGUCGAUGUCUGAACAAAGUAGCAAAUACUCGUGGGGCGACGCGUAAUUUAUUAAUUUAUUUUUCUUUUAUUCAAAUCAAAUACUUCUUGUUGCCAAAAUAAGUUCCCUAUUUGAUUUUAUUUUUAAUUAUUUUAUAUAGGCCGCUUAGCACUAACAAACAAAAUUUGAAGGAAUGAUCAAAUAUCAUUUCCCGAUUCUAAAGUUAAUGUUGUGAGUAUCGGUGCCAUUGUAGAUAGUAAUUAGCAAACCCUAAUUAUUCUCGUAAAUGUGUUGAAUGUGGUACAAUAUAGUAUUAUUAGAUUGUACUUAAAAUGUUUGUGCCUAAAAUAAUUAGUGAUAUUAGUUAUGAGAAUGCAAAUAUUUAUUGUAACAUUUGUGUUGUCCUAUUGUAAAUAUAUUAAUUUUAGUUUCACGUUUACGUAAUAGUCUGUAAUGUCAUUUGGCUUGCAUGUGUGAUGUGGUUGUUAACCACGUAAUUCUGUUUGAUCGUAAUGGUUUUGUUUUUCCUUCUCUACGUAAAUAACGUCUGAUUUAUGCACUCGCGGACAGGGGUCUUUGCAAUAUUUUAUACUCUUAAUGUAAGCUAUUUAUGUUCAGCCUGUCGCACAAACUAACUUUAAUAAAUAAGUGAUUCGUCCAUUUUAAUAAUUACACAAUCACUCAAAGAGAUAUACUGUAAUACUGUAAUCGACAUUUUAUUGUUUUGCAAAUUAUUCAACUCGAUGUUUGUUGUUCCAAUAUUAAUGGUACCAAUACAGAAAAUUUGAUUAUAUUA